CUUUGUAUUCUUAUGUUAUAUGUGUGUGAUGGUUGUGUGAAUUCUCAAGCCAAGCAAAGUCUUCUCUUUCACACACUUUUCAAUCUCAAAAACCAUGGAAGAACAAGAAUCUAGGGUUUGACAGCAUCAAAGGUCUGUGCUUUGGUGCUUUCUUAUUCUUUUUUCCUUGGUUCAUUGAAGAUAAGAUUGGGUUGAAUUUUUUUAUUUUUAUUUAUUUUCUAAAGCAGAUAUAGAUAUGCUGCAAUUUCUUCUAACUCCUAUUAGUUAGUUCUGAUCCCAGGGUCUUUGUUUGUUCUACCAACAACAGAAAACAUAAACAAAAAAGAAAAAAAAUUGACCCUUUUCAACCUUUGAUGGAAUUUUGAGACUUGAACAAGAAAAAUCCUGUUUUUGUGGCUCCCUUUGAAAAAAAUGGGAUUCUUUAUAUCUGGGUCUUUUUGUAUGCCACUUAUGGCUGAAUGUAUGGUAUCUGUGUUGAUAACUCAGAUGUUCAUGUUUUUUUAGUAUUAAGGCAUGUUUAGCUUCUGAUUUGAGAGUUCUUGAUUAACUUAGAUAGAUAGAUAGAUAGAUAAUUAGAUAGUUAAGAAUGGAGGAAGUUGAACAAGCUAAUAGAUUAGCUGUUGAAAGCUGUCAUAGAGUUCUUAGUAUUUUGUCUCAGCCAAGGGAUCAAGUUCAGAAUAGGAAUUUAAUGGUGGAAACUGGUGAAGCUGUGUUAAGGUUCAAGAAAGUUGUUUCCUUGCUUCAAAAUGGUUUGGGUCAUGCAAGAGUGAGGAAGCAUAGAAAGCUUCAAGUACCCUUUUCUCAAAGCAUACUCUUAGAUAACCCGAAUUGCUUCAAGAACAACAACAACAACCUUAACCAUGAUCAAUCAAAGAAAGUAGUGAUGCUUCAUGAGAAUUCAGUUCAGGAAUUGGGAUCAAGUACGGUUAGGAACUCACUUUCUUUGGUGAAUCCAUCUUUGGAAUUGAGCUCAAGUGCCAAAAGUACUAUUAACCAACAAGGUUCUUCAUCUAGUCACUAUCAGUUCCUUCAACAGCAACAAAUUCAGCAACAAAGGUUGUUGAUGCAGCAGCAACAGCAGCAGCAACAAAUGAAAAAUCAUGCUGAGAUGAUGUUCCGAAGGAACAACAGUGGCAUAAACCUCAAUUUCGACAGCACUAGCUGCACGCCGACAAUGUCGUCUACUACUAGGUCUUUCAUUUCUUCCUUGAGCAUAGACGGAAGUGUGGCGAACCUGGACGGAAGUUCCUUCCAUCUUAUAGGAGCCCCACUCUCUUCUGAUCAAAAUUCGCAACAGCAUAAGCGAAAAUGUUCCGCUAGAGGCGACGAGGGCAGUGUGAAAUGUGGAAGCAGUGCUAGAUGUCAUUGCUCAAAGAAGAGGAAACAUAGAGUGAAGAGAUCAAUUAAGGUGCCAGCUAUCAGCAACAAACUUGCAGAUAUACCUCCUGAUGAUUAUUCAUGGAGGAAGUAUGGACAGAAACCAAUCAAGGGUUCUCCUCACCCAAGGGGAUAUUACAAGUGCAGCAGCAUGAGAGGGUGCCCUGCAAGGAAGCAUGUAGAGAGGUGCUUGGAAGAGCCAACAAUGCUAAUUGUUACCUAUGAAGGAGAGCAUAACCAUCCAAAGUUACCAACACAAUCUGCAAAUGCAUGAAACCACUUCAUUGGAGAGAGAGCUUACCAAAAACAACAUCAAGCCCUCAUUCAAAUUUGUCAAAGACCUUCUUGUGAUGUGAGAUUCAUUGGCUUCAGAAUGCUGCUGUGUACAUAUUUUGAGUGAUGCAAGCAGGGAUUGAUGGAUGGAUGGAUUGAUGAUAUUGUUCUUGGUGCAGAUUUUGGCUAACAAGGCCUUUUGAUUUUAGAAAAUGGAAAAGUAUGUAAAAUUGGGGUAGUUUCAAUUCUCAAGAACUUUUCUUUUAUUUCCUUUUUUUCUUCUUUAAGAUAUAUAAUCUUUCUUGAGCUUGAGCAUGUUAUAACCGUUUUCAGGGUUUUCUAA